AUUGUACAUACUUCCUUGAAACCAAGGUUACAGGAGCUUCUUUGGCCUGCUUGGCAUGGCUCUCCCAGACUCUUUUUUAUUUUUUUCUUUUCAGUCUUUUCAGUACCUGUCCCUGCCAGUCCCCAGUGCCCCUAGUCACAGGUGAGCGCUGGUGCUCUCCGGAGGAGAGGCAACUUCCAGAGUUUGUUUCUGGCUUUGCUGCCAUUUUACUCUACAGCUUUCAGUGCUGAGUGUCUGGGAGUCAAAUAGGACUCAGUUCACCGCUGUGUUUUUGUACUGUACGAAGGCUGUGGCUAACAAGAUGGCUGGGAGACCUGAGAAGUGUUUGUCUUUGAUCAGAUUCACUCUCCUCUGUCUGAAAAUGGUUAUUUCAUCUAAAACAGCUCCUGAAAUACCAACUAUUGAUCAGGCAUAUUCAAAAAUCAGCAAUAGCAUCACCGUAGAAUGGACUACCGUGCCAGGGGCCACAAGUUACUUGCUCACAGCUGAAGAUGGGAACACAGUUAUUGAGACCACAGUGGCCAAUUCCCCAGGGACGGUGACAGGCCUGAAGGCUGCAACCUUGUACCAAAUCACCAUCAGAUCCAUCAGCGCCUCUGGACGAAGCCAGGCAUCAUCUCCAAAGCAGGCGAAGACAGUGUUGGCUGCCCCAGUUCUGGAAGUUAGCUCUCCAAGUCCAGACUCGAUCUUUGUGAGCUGGGACGCCGUAUACAUGGCGAUUGGAUUCUCUGUGUCUGUUAUGCGAGCCAAUGGCUUGGGUAGAGUUUGGAAAGAGAAUACUACAAACACCUCCCUGACCUUCAGCAGUCUGGAUGCCGGCACUCUCUACACUAUAAAGGCCUACGCGUGGAAUGCCAAUGGAAUCCCCGGGGAUGACUCCACCCGCAAUCAGAGAACCAGUCCUCGUGCCCCUGCCAACAUUCAAGUCUUCUUCGACAGCGGGGCCCUAAAGGCGUCUGUUUCGUGGACCCCGACAGAAGGAGCGUUCAACUAUACUGCGGUGGCAUCGAGUGAUUCUUCCCAGCGCAGCUGCAGCACGGCUCUCAGCUCCUGCAGCAUCAGUUCCUUGCUGUGCGGAACAGAGUACCUGAUUUCUGUCUCCGCAAAUAACGACGCUGGGUCCAGUAGGUCCUGCUCUGCACCAACCCUGAAGACGGUUGCUUGUGCACCUGGAAGGGUGAUGAUCCAGGAAGAGCCCCCUGGUCACUUGUCUGUGGCUUGGUCCAAUGUGGAGCUGGGUGACUACUAUGUGGCUUUUGUGAAGAGCGAUGAUGGCUUGGAGGUGCACUGCAAUACCUCCCUCACCCAGUGCAACUUCUUGUCCGAAUGUGGCUUCACGUACUUCAUUAGUGUGUUUGCCUAUAACAAGGCAGGGCAGAGUCCUCUGGGCGAUGUAUUCAAUUAUACUACAGCUCCGUGUUGUCCUAAUGACAUUAGCCCAGUGUUGGUGUCCAGUGACAGGGUGGAAAUUGCCUGGUCUCCUGUGCGUGGUGCUGAACUCUAUGAAACCAAGGCCAUAGCUGGGUACAGCAUUGUGGAGUGCAAUGACACCACUCCUGCUUGCACCCUCUCUGCUUUGGAUUGUGACACCAAGUACAAUGUCACAGUGUAUUCCUUCAGUGAGGUCCGGGGCAGCAAUCUGUCAUGCUCGUCCCACUUUAUCACCACAGCUCCUUGCAGUCCUGAAAUAAAAAACAUUUCGAAGGAUGCCUUCUCUAUGAUCAAUGUGCACUGGCGAUCGACUAAUGAAGGUGCCACUUACACGGUGACAGCCCAAGGGAAGAAGGGGUUGUUCCAGUGUAGCAGCACCGGGGAGACCUGCAGGAUGGGGGGCCUGCCCUGCGGCUCCAUGUUCUCUGUCACUGCAGUGGCAGAAACUCAGGCGGGAAAGAGCCUGCCCAGCUACAGCGUGCCCCUGGAAACAGUGCCCUGCUGUCCAGCUGGUCUGACAGCAGCUCAGGUCACCCAGUCAAUAAUCAACGUGAGCUGGACUAUUGGGGCAGCGGCUCAAACCUAUGUGACAGUGCUGGAGUCAUACAUUGGACAGUCUAAGUGUCACACCCAUCAAAACCACUGCCUUCUGGGAUGCAUCACAUGUGGCAUCAACUACACGGUGGCAUUAAAAGCCAUUAGUCCCACGGGACUGACUGCAGACUGUGCCUAUCAAAGUUAUUCUUCUAGUGUCUGUUGCCCACUGGGGGUCAAAUUAUAUAGGCUGGGCCCUAAUGGCAUCCGGAUCUACUGGCAAGCCUCCAGGGGCUCUGCCAAUUAUAGCACCGAACUCUAUGGUUCCAAAGGCAUCUUUACAUGUGCCCCACAUGCUGGUCUAAGUUUCUGUGACAUCACCAACAUCCCUUGUGGGGACGUAUACACCGUGAUGGUCUCACCAGUUGCUGAAACAGGACUGAAGCUUACUUUCUGCCCGAAAAAAAUAUACUCAGUUACCUGUUCUGGCAGUACACUUGGGAUGGUGAUUUACAGAGGGAAGAGGAACGAUACAGCGAGCCCCAGGUAAAUACAGAUACUCCACAAGGGUCCCUGGGCUGUUAGUGAGCAGCCAUGGAAACUCGCUAUUAGACCACAAAGUACCGUAGGACUAGGCAAAGCUCCUUUGCGCUUUAAAGGAGGAACUCAUACUGUUUGGAGAGGACAAGGUCAAGUGUGUCAUCGGCUGCAGAGAAGUUCAAGAUAAGCUGUGGAGAAGAGAGGACUCCACAGAGGAAUAGCCCAGAAAGUCCCCUGGAAGGUUGCCAGGCUGAGUCAGCACACUGUCACAGCCUGGAUACAUAAAAGCCAUGCUUAGCAGAAACUUGUUCGGAGGCUUCAUAUCCAGACACACCACAGAAUGUCGCCUAUCCCAAACCCACGUAGCCCAGGCUGGCCUUGAAGUCUCAAUCCUUCUGCCUCAACCUCCCAAAGUGCUCGGGUUAGAGGCAUCCACCAUUAUGCUCCAUCACAGACUUUAAUAUGUCCUGGCCAUGGGUCUCUCAAAAGCUUCUCUGCAGGAAGCAUGGAAGGGCACACCCCCAACUGCAGUCAAGCCAUCCUCGGGAGGACAGCAUUGGCCCCAAGACAGGCCUUCGUUGGGGGCUUGUAAGCUUGAAUCUAGAGCAGCUGCUGCUAAGGCACGAACACGAACGUGUGGUAACAAACGCCUUCUGCCCAGGUUCCCAGGGAAGCUGAGCUGCCUACAGACUUCACUGAGUCAGAGAGCGCCAUGUGAGCAGACAUCUGCCAGAGCCUCUGGGAAAGCAGAAGCGCAGGUCUGUGGCUGGAAAGACUGCCAUCAUCGGAGUGAGCAAAGAUGUCAGGCGGAGCAGCAGCCAAGGGCAAAGAGUCUCAGACUGUGGCAGACUGACACGCACACACACAGCCUUUCAGGGUUCAUUGAUCUCGCAGCCUGUUCUCUAUACUCCACGCACAUUGUAAUGGCUUUCUUCCACGAUCGGAGGGAGGAAAACGGUGAUAUAUAACAUAAAUCUGUUGUGCCUAGAACAAAUGUUUGUCUGUCUGAUGCCAGAAAAGUAAUUUUAAAAUAUCAUGAAUACGAUUUGUGUCACGCGUCCUCAAAGGCAUGGCUGUAUGUGUUAGAGGGUGGCUCAGUGUUUAAGGGAACGGGCUGUUCUUGCAGAAGACCCGAGUUCCAUUCUGAGCCCUCUCAUGACAGCUUAUAAACAUCUGUAAGUCUGGUUCUGGGGUGGGGUGGGAGUGGGGGUGGUAGUGGUGGCAGCGGAGGAGGCGGCGGUGAGCCAUACCCUCCGUCUUCUGGCCUCUGAGAGCAUCAGGCACCAAAUGGUGCACAUGCAGGAAAGUUAGACAUGACGCCAGCAAGGAAGAGAGUGCAAACUUCCUCUCCUGCAUCUUCUUUCCAUGUAUGAGGGCACAUGCUGGUAAUCUCAACACUCAGGAGUCUGAGGCAGGAGGAUCAUGAAUUCAAGGCCAGCUUGGCACACAUCCUAAAAGGUCUCAACAAACAAAUCAGGGAGGCAAAAACCUGUCACUGACAAAGAGAUUUAUUACUAUCAAGUAUCCAUUUUUAAAAGAUUUAUGUUUUAUUUUACAUGGGUGGAUGUGCUGCCAGAAUGUAUGUCUGUGCACCACAUGGGUGCCUAUGGAGGCUGGAAGAGGACAUAAGAUCCCUUGGAAUGGGGUUACAGGUGGUUGUGAGCUGCCAUAUAGGUGCUGGGAACUGAACCCAGGUUCUCUGCAAGAGCAGCAAAUGCUCUUAAUCAACAAGCCAUCUCUCCAGCCCCUGUUUAUUUUUUUAUGAUUUAAUAUAUGUACACUUUGCAUUCUGAACACUCAACCCCCCCCCAGUUCUCUACUAUCCCUGCCCACUCCCCCCCCCCACCAAUCUCUCUUGUGUUCCUGGAUGUUUCGUUUAGUGUUGCAGAAAGAUUUGCUAGGGCCAUCUGUGGGGUGUGAUGUGCUCAGCAGAGGACACACAACUAAAGACCACACCCCUCUUCUCAUAGCCCAUGUUUCAGAGGUAAAGGGUGGGGUCCCAUAAGCCCCUUGAUAAAGAGAUCUUUCCCAGAGACAAGCCAGUUCUAAAAGUGGAGUUAAAUGUCUCAAGUGCACAAAUGGAAGGGGGUUGAGUUUUGUUCCCUUAAAAAAUAGUUUUUGCCUGUCAGGAUAGAGCACACCUUUAAUGCUAGCGCUCAGGAGGCAGAGAUAGGUGUAUGCCUGUGAGUUUAAAGAUAGCCUGGUCUACCUAGGGAGCUCCAGGCCAGCAAAAGCUAGAUAGUGAGACCCUGUCUCAAAAAACAAUGUUUUUAGCUGGGUGCAGAGAUGUAUGCUUUUAAUUCCAGCUCUUAGGAGGCAGAGUCAGGUGGAUCUCUAUGAGUUCGAGGCCAGCCUGGACUAACUAGAAUUACAGGACAGUCAGGGCUAUAGAGAGACCUGUCUCAAAAACAAACAACAACCAAUCUGGCCAGUGGUGCUGCACACCUUUGAUCCCAGCACUCAGGAGGCAGAGGCAGGCAGAUCUCUGAGAUUGAGGCCAGCCUGGUCUACAAAGCAAAUUCCAGGACAAACAGGGCUACACAAAGAAACCUUGCCUCAAAAAAACAAAACAAACAAAACAAAAACAAAAACAAAACAGAACAAAA